CAAUGGAUCCAGUUCUGUUGCUGGUGUUCUGUCUCUCCUGCUGCCUUCUCCUUUUUCUCUGGAAACAGAAUACCAGGAAAGGAAAGCUUCCCCCUGGCCCUACUUCUCUCCCAAUUAUUGGAAAUAUCUUACAGUUAGAUGUCAAGGAUAUUCGCAAAUCCCUGAGCAAUAUCUCAGAAGUCUAUGGCCCUGUGUUUACUGUGUAUUUUGGCAUGAAGCACUGUGUGGUUCUGUAUGGAUAUGAAGCAGUGAAGGAAGUACUAAUAGAUCUGGGAGAAGAGUUUUCUGGAAGAGGUGCUAUCCCAGUAAUUGAAAAACUUAAUGAAGGACAUGUUGGAAUAGUGUUCAGCUCUGGAAAGGAAUGGAAGGAACUUAGGCGCUUCUCUCUCAUGGCCCUACGGAAUUUGGGGAUGGGGAGGAAAAGCAUUGAGAACAGAGUCCAAGAGGAAGCCCAUUGCAUUGUGGAGGAGUUGAGAAAAACCAAUGCCUCACCCUGUGAUCCCACUUUUAUCUUGGGAUGUGCUCCAUGCAAUGUGAUCUGCUCCAUUAUUUUCCAGAAUCGCUUUGAUUAUACAGAUCCAAUUUUUCUAGACAUGAUAAGAAGAUUGAAGGAAAAUAGUGAAGUUUUGAGCUCUUCAUGGGUUCAGCUCUGCAAUUUUUUCCCAAUUCUCUUUGAUUAUUGUCCAGGAAUUUAUAAAAAAUUAGUUCAAAAUUUUGCUAAUUUUAAAAGUUACUGUAUGGAGAAAAUUAAAGAACAUCAAGUGUCCUUGGACAUUGAUAAUCCUCGGGACUUUAUUGAUUGUUUUCUGAUCAAAAUGGAACAGAAGAACCUGCAGAGAAUUGGCACGAAAGCCCAGGAAGAGAUUGAGCGUGUGAUUGGCAGACACAGGAGGCCCUGCAUGCAGGACAGGAGCAGUAUGCCCUACAUGGAUGCCUUGGUACAUGAAGUCCAGAGAUAUAUUGACCUUAAUCCUACUGGUAUGCCUCAUACUGUGACUUGUGACGUUAAAUUCAGAAACUACUUUAUACCCAAGGGCACAACCAUAUUAGCAUCACUGACUUCAAUCCUGCAUGAUGACAAAGAAUUUCCCAAACCAAAGGUGUUUGACCCUGCUCACUUCCUGGAUAAGAGUGGCAAUUUUAAGAAAAGUGACUAUUUUAUGGCCUUUUCAACAGGAAAACGAGUAUGUGUGGGAGAGAGUCUGGCUCGCAUGGAGCUGUUUUUAUUUCUCACCACCAUUUUACAGAAUUUCAACUUAAAGCCUGUGAUUGACCCCAAAGACAUUGAUACUACUCCAACUACUAGUAGAUUUCUUACUUUACCCCCUCACUACGAACUCUGCUUCAUUCCUGUAUGA